UACCAGCUCAUUACGCGGCCGCCGGUGGCCAUCUUGAAUGUCUCAAGUGGAUUCACCGAAAGGCUUCGAAAAGCAUCUCUUUAACGGACAACAGUGGAGUUACACCACUUUAUUUUGCAGCCCAAGAAGGUCAUUUGAACUGCUUGGCGUGGCUCGCAAAGCACUCGGGAACAUUUCACCGAGAGAUGUCUGUGGAUGGUAUGACCGCUGUCCAUGCAGCAGCUCUUGAGGGUCAUUUGGGCUGCCUGGUGUUUCUGCUAAGCUCUACUGGUUGUAGUGCGCUGGCUCGGGACAGGACUGCGAACACACCUUUGCAUUAUGCGGCAGCCUGUGGCCGCCGUUCCUGCGUCGAGUGGCUCCUGGGUAACAUUAGCAGUGUAGGUAAUGAGAGAAAUAAACUUGGCUCCAGUCCCUUACAUGUAGCUGCACAAAAUGGUCAUCUAGAGGUUGUAAAACUCCUUGUUCGAGCAGGUGUGGCAAUCAAACUUCGGGACAGACUGGGUAGAACCCCAUUCGACGUGGCUAUCGAAAGUGGAAAUGGAGCAUGUGCAAACUUAUUAUAUAAGGCCGAGACCUUCAGCAUUCAAGGUAUGAAUGGCUUAAUUUCUGGACACCACAGCCUCAAACGAGUUCGCUUUGAGAGAAAAGCGAUCGAACGUGACCGUCGUUCCGAACAAGCUUCGACUCAUCAACAAUCACGGCAACUUUCUCCCGAUCACAAAUUAUUAGGAAGAGGAAAUACAAUACAAAACCAACAUUUAUUAUACAAGAAUAGCGUCGAUGCCAUUUCAAUGAAUCAUCAUAGCAAUCUAAGAAUGGAAAGUGACGGGAGCAAAUCCCCCAAAGGGGUUGCUCCUACGGAUCAGAGAUACGCCGGUCGGCUAUCUCGGGGACUCGACCCUUCUUCCGAAGACUUGCAUGUUAAAAGUCACGCAACAAGAAGCAGCUUAAUACCUUGGUCACGUGUUUACCAAAUGACGCAAUCAACGGAGUUAUUACCUAAUCAUCAUCAAUCAAAGGUUUAUUCUUCUUAUUCCCUCUCGGACGCAAGUGGCCGGGAUGAUUCGUCUCCUGAGCGACAAUUUACCAGUUCGCAACAUUACUUGGUGACAAACUAUGAAGAUGUUUCCUCGGAGAAACGAAACACAUCUUUCUUCUCCAGAAUCGUUUCAUGGAGAAAAAACAAGGACCUCUUUUCAGGAGACUUUGAUCGUUUUGACGACAUCGUUGAAACUGGUACAGAGGGAGAAAAUUUCAUUAAACGACUCUACAAAUUCUCAAAAAGGAAAGUGACAAGGUCAUCAAGCUUUGCGCUCGAGAGUUUGCCAGAUAAUGUUCUAAGAGAAAGAAGAAACAGUUUUGUGGUGUCAGGAAAUGACGAGUUUUUGUCUGGUAUUGUCAGCGACUCAGUUGGAGAUCCAUGUAAACAAGAGGAAAAAGGUGAAAAACUUGUUCAGCAGACACAUAAGGAAGAAACUUCUACCAGUGAUGUGUAUCGUGCCAGAGGCAACUCCUCGAAAAACGAGAAAACGUCAAGAGAUGCUAAAAAGACUCGCAAACGCCAUAAGGAAACCAUUCCGCGGGAAAACUCCCUGAUAUGGUGAAAGCGGAAUUUAUCGCGUUAGCGGCUCAACGCAGGAUGAUGGAAUUUAACUGAGAGAACCAAUCCAGUCUCGUCAGUUCCAAAAUUGGUCAUUUUUUACAAGGGCUGUAUCAGAGGAAUAGGUGUUUCUCUGUCGUUCCUGUAACAAAAGAAUGUAAAAUGACAAAUGGCCAACUGCAUUACAUAAGCAAUAGUUUUGUGAGAUCAAAAAUUCAAAUGUAUUGGAAAAACAUUAAU